AUAUAAAAUUUUAAUAUUCUGUGGUAAGGUUGUCCUAUCCUUUUUAAAUUUUGAAAUUUUGUUAAAAUUGAUCAAACUAAUUUAUCUUUCAAUUAAAAACUUUGAGCUUUGAACUAUUAUAAACCGAUUAUAUCAAUUGGUAUAUAUAAAGUUAAAGGAAAUAUGGCCCUUCCAAACCAAGAAUUUCUAUGGGGAAUAUUUCAAAGUGUUGAUCGGGACAGAAGCGGCUUUAUAAAUGCCAAUGAAUUACAGCAAGCCCUAUCAAAUGGAACAUGGAGUCCUUUUAAUCCUGAAACUGUAAGAUUAAUGAUUGGUAUGUUUGAUAGACACAAUAAAGGUCAAAUAGGUUUUGAUGAUUUUGGAGCAUUAUGGAAAUAUGUAACUGAUUGGCAGAAUUGCUUUAAAUCAUUUGACAGAGAUAAUUCAGGAAAUAUUGAUAAGAGUGAAUUAAAAACUGCUCUUACUUCAUUUGGAUACAACUUAUCCGAUGAUUUGAUGAGUACACUAGUUCGAAAGUUCGAUCGUGUCGGAAAUGGAACUAUAUUGUUUGAUGAUUUCAUUCAAGCUUGCAUUGUUUUACAUACCUUAACAUCAGCAUUUCGACAGUAUGACACUGAUCAAGAUGGUGUAAUUACUAUUCAUUAUGAACAGUUUUUGGGUAUGGUACUAAGUUUAAAAAUCUAAAUCAACUAUUAAAUUUUAUAUAGAUGUUACUCAAUUUGCUAUUAGGUAAAAAAUACUAGAGCUGGAUUUUUUUAUAUAUCUUAGUUGCCUUGGUUGCCUUAAGUGUUAAUUUACGUACAUCUAUGCCAAAGUAAAAUGUCAUAACAUUCCCAAUAUAUACAGAUACAGUUAAAUCUAGUUUGAAGACAAUAAUCAUAUCAGUCCAAAGAUGUAAUCUCAAUAAAUAAAUAUAUUUUAAAAGAUCAUA